CUACAAAAUCACUUUAACAUUAAAUAAAGCCCAAUAGGAUAAAUUCCCUGCAAUAAGGUUUAAUAAACUUUCUGGAUUAUGGGUUUGUGGAUAUUGGAUCCCAUAGCUGUACUUGGUUCUACACAAACAGAAGGGCAUGCACAAAUACUCAGGGGCAGAGUCCCACCAGUAAAUUAAACCUUAUGGACAUGGUUGAAAGUUCGGCAACUCGGCUAAUUAGCAGCCCAGGACCUUAAUUAAAAAGGAAUACAAAAGACUCACUUACUUCUUGGCGAGUAGAAAGUUUUGCCUGUAGCUGAACUACAACACAACCCGCCAAAGUCUUCAGCAGCCAAAGCCGCGCUAUAGUAAAGGAAGCUUGUGCGCAUGCGCGGUGCAGAGUUCGCCGGCGGCGCAGGGACAUUGGGCAGGAUGGAUCAGUUCGGGAUGAGAGUUGCGAGUAGAUCCCUGUCUGUCUCCUGUCAAUCACUCGGCUGUCUCUAGGGGGGGACAAAGACCCGAAGGGGCGCGGCACAGGCUGAGGCCCGUCUGUUCAGCCCACAGUUCCCACACACACAGACUAGACAUGGCUGAGCAGGAGAGCGACUGGGAGCUGCUGCAACUGAACCAGCAAAAAGAACAUUGUAGUAUGGAACACCUUGACCAUGAAACAGGAAGAAUUAGCAAUAAGGGAUUCUCAUGGCAGCUCAUUGUGGCUGCAGUAGUCGGGGCCCUUGGAUCUUCUUUUCUGUACGGAUACAAUCUAUCUGUAGUGAAUGCACCAUCAUCUUAUAUACGCAAGCUUUAUAAUCAGAGCUGGUCAACACGAUACAAUUACGCCGUUAGCAAAGGCACCGUCUCUAUCAUGUGGUCUGUCACAGUCUCCAUCUUUGCAAUUGGUGGCCUUGUAGGAGCGCUGAUUGUUAUUCCAAUGGUAGACUUUCUAGGAAGAAAGGGAACAAUGCUUCUGAACAAUUUAUUUGCAAUUACAGCAGCUUUGUUAAUGUCCUUAUGGAACAUAGCUGGCAUUCCUGAAAUGAUGAUACUGGGACGGUUUAUCAUGGGCAUUGAUGGUGGUAUCGCUCUCAGUACUCUCCCCAUGUACUUAAAUGAAGUUUCACCCAAGCACAUCCGCGGAUCUUUAGGACAAGUCACUGCCAUCCUAAUUUGUGUUGGAGUAUUUGUCGGGCAAGUUCUGGGCCUUCCCGAUAUAUUUGGAAAGGAAUCCCAGUGGCCCUGCCUGUUUGGAUUUAUUAUGAUUCCUGCACUGAUACAGCUUUUGGUUCUGCCAUUCUUUCCUGAAAGCCCCCGAUAUCUCUUAUUACAGAAGCAAGACAGGAAGAGAGCCGAGGAAGCGUUCAGCAUAUUUCUCGGGAGGGAGGACGUCUCGCAGGACAUUGAAGAUGUUUUGGCAGAAACCAGAAUUCAAAGGAAUAUUCGAUUAGUGUCCGUUAUUCAACUGUUUAAGACCCGCGCUGCAAAGUGGCAAAUCAUAACCGUCGUCGUAACAAUGGCAGCUUAUCAAUUAUGCGGCCUUAACGCGAUCUGGUUCUACACCAACAGUAUCUUUGCUGAAGCUGGUAUUCAGCCUGACAACAUUCCAUACAUUACCCUAUCAACGGGGGGCAUCGAAAUUCUGGCAUCUUUAAUAUCUGGCAUGACUGUUGAAAAGCUUGGGAGGAGACUUCUAUUGAUUGGAGGAUUUGUUCUGAUGACAUUGUUCUUCGGAAUACUGACUGUUUCGCUAACAUUUCAGCACCAUGCACCCUGGAUACCGUACAUCAGCAUUAUGUGUAUUCUUGGAGUAAUUGCAUCAUUUUGCAUUGGACCAGGUGGCAUUCCAUUUGUUUUGGUUGGUGAGUUUUUCCCGCAGUCCCAGCGGCCAGCAGCUUUUAUGAUAGCUGGCUCUGUCAACUGGAUCAGCAACUUUGCCGUUGGGCUUCUCUUUCCAUUAAUUCAGGAAGGCUUGGGCAACUACUGCUUUCUCAUCUUCGCUGCUAUUUGUUUGGCUGGAGCCCUUUACCUCUAUUUUGUUUUGCCUGAAACAAAGAACAAGACUUUCUCUGAAAUUGAUGAAGCAUUUCUAAAGUGAACAGAAUAGCUCUCGCCGCGACCGGAAAAUAAAUGUUUCCAGCAGAAGAGAGAUCUGAUGAGAUUAAGGUCUCCCCUAUAUCAAACAAGGGACAGAGUCAAAUUAAGCUUGAAAAGGCAGAUAAAACAUGUACAAUUUAGACAAAAAUCCUUCUGGAACCAAACAUUUGCCAAAAGACAGUAUAUUCCAUGGUGAAAGAACAAUAGGUGUAUCCAGCGGAAGAGAGAUCUGAUUAAUGCCUCCCUUGAACAAAGACACAGUGACAUGUCCAUCAAAUACAACAUUUUAUGUCUAUAUAAAACUUGCUUAACUGCUAGUUGAUCUAGACGAAGGCAAAAAAAACUCUUCUGAAGUCUCCCUUGUGUGCCUCAGAGGGGGAAAAUCCUUUCUGACAAUUGGACCAGUCCCAGGAUCAACUUGUACUAAGAACUAUUUUCAAUAACCCUGUAUUUCCUCCAUUUCUAAAAAGCUAUCCAACCUCUUCUUGAAGCUAUCUAAUGUAUCCAUCACCAUCAUGGGGUGGAACAAAACUCCUCUCCGAAUAUUUCCAUGGAAUCUCCUUUCUUGUAAUUGGAAUGCAUACCCUCAUGUCUGCUGAAAGGGCCUAAUGGUAAAUAAAGCAUUAAACAGGUUACUAUAUCAACAAUAAACUGUAUCAUACUAAACUGAAAAAAAAAGCAACUCCCAGGCUUAAAGGGGACCCGUCACCCGAAAAAAAAUUGUU